CUUCUUUGUGCUCCAUUCGCUGUCUGACUGUCUGCAUAUUCUCGAUAUGCCGCAGCUAUGAGGCAAGUUGGCUCGGUCUUAUGGCCGAAAUUGAGGAUCCUUCAAAUAUAUGGUGCAAACACUGGUGUCGGCAAGACCAUAUUCUCGUCGGUACUCUGCCGAGCUUUCAAGAAACACAUACAGAAAGUCCACUACCUCAAGCCCGUCUCAACUGGACCGCUCAAUGAGGCCGACGACCAUCACAUGUCCACAUUUGGAUCGAAUGUCACGUCUCAAUGUCUGUACCAGUUUGAUGAGCCAAUAAGUCCUCACUUGGCGGUGCGUUCCGCUGCGAAGCCCUUGUCGGACGCCGAGGUACUGGAAGGUGUUUAUCGAGAACUGAAAUCGUACGCGAAUGGCGACGAAGGCGUCUCAGUCGUAGAGACGGCUGGUGGAGUUCUGUCGCCAUCGCCUUCUGGAAGCUCACAGGCCGACCUGUAUCGACCUCUGAGGCUACCAACCCUGCUUGUGGGCGACUACAACCUUGGUGGUAUUGGUACCACCAUCUCUGCAUGGGAGUCACUACGCAUACGAGGAUACGAUGUCAACCAUGUUGCAUUGUUUGCUGAGGAUCGGUACGAUAACCACACGUACCUCAAAGAGUAUUUCCAUGAUCGUGGCGUCAGUGCGUUCUCCAUCGCCCCUCCACCGGAAAGGGUUCCAUCUCUCGAGGAAGACACCCAGGCCAUGCUUGCAUACUAUCAAAACUCCAGCGAGACGGCAGAGGUACAGGGCUUCAUCGGAAGAUUCCUUGCAGAGCACGAUCAGCGCAUCAGCAAAAUCAGAUCUCUUCCCGAGCAAGCCGAGAAGGUGAUAUGGCAUCCUUUCAUGCAACAUACUGAGCGAUCGAAAGACACUAUCACGGCUUGGGACUCAGCAUACGGAGACUUCUUCCAAAGCUUCACAACAAAGCGGGACGUAGCUACUAAUGCACUUUCAAAGGCAGAGAAGUCACUACUUCAACCAGCCUUCGAUGGCUCAGCAUCGUGGUGGACGCAAGGCUUAGGCCACGGAAAUCCUCAACUCGCGAUUGUCGCUGCACAUGCUGCGGGUAGAUACGGGCAUGUCAUGUUCGGUGGAGCGAUUCACGAACCCGCUCUUCAACUUGCUCAGACGCUUGUCGAGCGACCCGAGAACCCUCGACUAAACAGGGUGUUCUACUCGGACAACGGCAGCACCGGUAUGGAAGUCGCCGUGAAGAUGGCGCUGCGAGCAUCGGUCAACCGCUUUCUUGGAAAACGAAGCGCCGACCACAGAAAACUCGAUAUCAGGAUAUUGGGCCUCAAGAAUAGCUACCACGGCGAUACCAUGGGCACCAUGGACUGCUCAGAGCCAAGCAUAUACAACGAGAAGGUUGAAUGGUACAAAGGUCGGGGUAUCUGGCUAGACUUUCCAACAAUUAAGAUGCGACAAGGACAAUGGCUCGUUGAACCCUUUGAUAGUAGAGACGAAAGUGCAUCCAAGAGUUUGUCGUCAGAGACAAAGUACUUCGACACCAUUGACGAUAUCUUUGACUUCAGCAAUCGCCAGCAAGAACACCAAGCAUACACCUCUUAUAUCCGUGCAAAGCUAUUAGAAAGCGUUGAGAAGCAUGGAGUGAGCUUCGGAGCACUGAUCAUCGAGCCAAUGUUGCUCGGGGCUGGCGGUAUGAUGUUUGCAGAUCCGUUGUAUCAGAAAGUCCUAGUGGAAGUUGCACGGGAGUUUCAUGAUGAUCGCUCGUGGCUUCAACAGGAGUAUGAUGCGAGCCAACAAGAGUCUAACGACACCAAUUGGGCGGGCAUGCCUGUCAUUUUCGACGAGGUGUUUACUGGACUGUACCGACUGGGACGCUUCAGCGCAGCCAGCUUCCUAGGCGUCCACCCAGAUAUCGUCGUCAACGCCAAACUGCUCACUGGCGGACUUCUGCCUCUUUGCACAACAACAACCAGUGAGGCAAUCUUCAGUGCCUUCCUGAGCAAUGACAAAACCGACGCUUUGCUGCACGGUCAUAGUUACACAGCUCAUCCCAUCGGCUGCUCUGUCGCAAACGAAAGUCUGAAAACUUUGACCAAGCUUGAUACCGAUGGUACAUGGGAGGCAUACAAGAAGGACUGGACUUCUCAGUCGACAUCGACAGCCGCAACGCGUCAUCGCAACAAGAACAAAAUCUGGAGUAUGUGGUCUUCUUCGUUUCUUGCAUCGGCCUCCCACAAAAACAGCGUUGACAAUGUCUUUGCCAUUGGAUCGGUGCUUGCGUUGACACUCAAAGAUCCGAAUGGCUCGGGAUAUGCGUCUACGGCAGCAACUGGAUUACGCGAUAAGUUGUUGGCGGGCAGCGGGCAGGACGAUGCUGUCAUCCAUUCCCGAGUGCUUGGCAAUGUACUGUACCUGAUGGCAGCACUCAACACACCCGGAAAGACACUGCAGGAUAUCCAGGAAAUUGUGUUGAAGGCGCUGAAAUGAAAACGAAGUGUUGAAUGCCGCGUCCAUUUCCCGGCCCUUUCCCGGCUGGUCUUUGACUCUUUGCAUGACUCUUUGCAUGUUGCUUGCUGCGAUGUAUGCUCAGGUGGACCACGAUCCAACGGGUUCGGCCACGACGCGGAAGCCGCAGCAGGCGCGUCCUCGAAAGUAGCGCGUGCUUUCGUGUUCUGCGGCAUUUCAUGAUAUGACCGCCAACUGUCAUGCCCAUUAUAUACUAGAGUUUAUCAAUAACCUACCUGGUGCACGAUCAUUCAAUGCCACCAUAUCUUACAC